AUGGAAGCAGAUUGGAAUCUAGAAGAUAAAUGGAGAAUAUCUACCCAAGGAGCUGUUGCAGUAUUGGUAAUCUGCACCUGUUCCUUAGUUAUUGGAACCUGCAUUAUUGCUGCUUUCAGGAGAAAUAUUGCAAGAAAGAGAUCAGAGGAUGAAGAACGGCGUGUGGAUGACUCGACAAACAUAGAUUGUUCGGAACAAUGUGCAGAGUUGAGUUCGGUAGAGGAGGCGCUAACGAGUACUGUACGGUGGAGCCAGAAAGAGAAGCUUCCCCCAUUGCUCGUUAAUCCGGGUCAGCUUGAAGCUGAAUUUGGGAUGCAGCAGAGUCACAGUUCUGAUUCACCAGUGUGGAAAAGGCCUAUACUUAUGGGUGAAAAGUGUGAGCUGCCAAAGUUCAGUGGACUUAUUCUCUAUGAUGAGAGAGGCCGGGCCACUUCGCCAGGCCGGUAA